AUGAGUAGUGUUAGUAAGGAUUUGUUAACUGGAGUACUUUUCUCAUCUAAUGCUCGAACAAUGUGGGCUACGUUCAAGGAACGUUUUGAUAAAGUCAAUGGAUCGAGGCCAUACUAUCUGCACAAGGAGAUUUUCGCAAUGACUCAAGAAAUUUCCUCUGUUUCUACAUACUUUACCAAGCUCAGAAAUCUAUGGGCAGAGUAUGAUUCCAUCUUGCCUCCACCUCCAGCUGCAGAGUAUGUUGAACAAUUGGAAUAUCAACAUCAGUUACAAUUUCUUAUGGGAUUAAGUGAUAGCUUUGAAAAAGCUAGAAGCCAACUCCUCUUAUUGCCUACCUUGCCGUCUAUCAACAAAGCCUAUGCAAUGCUAGUUCAAGAUGAAAGUAGGCGCAUGAUCACUGGUAGCAAUUAUGGAAAUAUAGGAAAUAUUGAGCCUACUACUCUAUUUACUGCAUAA